UAUUUAAAUGAUUGCAAAAGUAAUCAUUUCCGACGAUGCGAUAUGUGGUUUCACUCUACUUUACUUCUCGCCAUUCUUGUAGCAGUCUCGGCAGACACUUGUCCUGCAGGAUUCACUGCUUUGAGUACAAGCAAAAAAUGUGUGAAGCUUAUCACAGACGUCGCGAAGCACUCAGAUGCUACAGCUAAUUGUAGUUCAUAUGGAGGACACUUGAUUUCUGUUCAAAAUGCUAUCGACAAUAAUGCAUAUCUACAAUUGGCUGCUGUUUCAGUAACUCCAUAUUGGCUUGGGAUCAAAUGUUCUUUGUCUGGAAACCCAGCAUCUUGUCAAUGGGAUGAUCAAAGUGGAAAUGCGGGAGGCUAUAAUGGAUUUGCUCCGGGAUACCCUCUUGUUGAAGUUGGAAACUGCGUCUACGUGCCAACAAGUGGCUCAUUUGCGGGAAAAUGGCUCAGCGGAGACUGUAACACAAUGAGCCUGAACUUUAUCUGUGAAACAGCACCAACAAGCCCAAUCACCGAUACCUGUUCAUUCCAAUAUAAUGGAAAUUGCUAUUAUCCGUCUCUUUCUGCCCUUCCCAAACAAGAUGCUCAAUUUUCUUGCCAACAAGCAUGUGGAAAUCUUGUAUCAAUUCACUCGAUUGAAGAAAAUAAUUAUGUUCAAUCUUUAUUCACAACAAAUGCACCAACAUAUAUUCGAAUUGGAGCAGUAGCUAAUAAUCAAAAUUCUAAUAGUUGGAUUGAUGGAACAAGCUGGAAUUAUGACAACAUUGGAUACUCAAAUAUAAAUCUUGGAAUGUGUUGGAGUAUGGCUCUUUCAAAUGAUAUUGUUUCAACUGGAAAAUGGAUUAGUAGCUAUUGUGAUACUUCUCUACCAUUUGUUUGUAAGAGAAAAGUUGGAACACAGUGUGGAACAACUUCUGGACCAACUCAAACACCAGGACAGUGCACUUCUCCAAUGUUUAUGGAUAACUCUGGAAGAUUCUAUUCCCCAAGCUGGCCGUACAGCUACAUUGGCGAGCAGAAUCCAUGCAACUACAUUCUUGACACUCCCGUCGGCUCACUUGUCCAAAUUCGAUUCCCAGUAAUGAAUCUGGAUAGUCAGGCAUCAAUUUCCAUUUACAGUCGAAUUGAAGACACUACACCUUUGGUUGUUCUUCAAGGAAAUUCUGCAAGCAAUCAAUGGUACACUUCAACAACAAAUACAAUGAAAGUAGUGUUCCGCCCAUGUAUUGCAAAUUGUCCGAAUGAUGGUGUCAACUAUAGAUGGGAAGCUGAUUUCAAACCAUCCACUGAUGUUACUCAGCCACCAGUUACAGUAACCCCAAAUCCAAAUAAUCCAUCAGGAUGUAACUCAACCAUUUUGGUAGCUCCAGGAUCUAUAAGCACACCUAAUUAUCCAAACUAUUAUCCAAACUUUUUGUUAUGCAUGUAUCAUCUCUCUACAACUGGAGGAUACAGAAUUAAUCUAGAUUUUGGAGCAAUUGACACUGAACAAUGUUGUGAUAUUAUUGAAGUUCAUGAUGGUCCAUUACUCGGAAGUCCAAAACUUGGAAUAGUUAGUGGUACAUGGCCAGCACAUGCGAAAACCUAUCAGUCGUCCUCCAAUUCAAUGCUUGUCACUUUCUCAACAGAUUCAUCUGGCCAAGGUUCAGGAUUCAGUGCAAAUUUUUGGGCGCUCUAAAUUUCCUUUGAAUCUACAGUGCUGGCCAAAAAGAUAUCCACUUUCUGUUUUUUGAUGAUUUCGAUAUUUUUUCCAUUGAGCAUAACUCCAAAACUAGGAAAGCUAUCAAAAAAGUUUCAACUGGUAAAAUGUAGCUCGUGAUCAGGCCUAUGUAUUUUUACAUGAUUAAAUUAUUCACCCAAAACAUGGCAAGUGAUAAAGCGGCCGACAUCUCGUGAGUCCGCUUUUGAUGAUGAUUACUAAAACGACUGUAACUCGAGAAACAUAUUUUUAAUGGAAGGUUUUUAGAAAGUAACACGAUGUUUAUAUAAUUUUUUAUUGUUUGAACAUACUAACUUCGUCCUGAAACCUCCAUUGAAAAAGACAAGAGAGUUUAAAGAAGAGAAGUGUAGAGUAAUCUCGAGCUCAUGUCUCAAAAAUAGUAGAUUUUUUUUUCUGAAUUCUGUUUAUUGGUUAAUAUGUAGUUCAAAUAUAAUAACAACAUCAGUUCUUCACAAAAAUUGUCGGAAAAAGAUUUUCAAUCCAAGAAACCUGAUUUUUGAACAAAGCCUCUAAACAGUGUCUAAUGAGACACUAGUUUCAGCGCACACAUUUUUUUAAAUGGAGGUUUUAGGACAAAGUUGAUAUGUUCAAACAAUGAAAAAUUAAAUAAACAUUUUGUUACUUUCUCAAACCUUUCAUUAAAAAUAUGUUUCUUGAGUUACAGUCGUUUUAGUAAUCAUCGUCAAAAACGGACUCACGAGAUGCCCGCCGCUUUAUUACUUGCCAUGUGAUGGAUGAAUAAUUGCAACAUGUAAAAAUACAUAGGCCUGAUCACGAGCUACAUUUUACCAGUUGAAAAUUUUUUGGUACCUUUCCUAGUUUUGAAGUUAUGCCCAUUGGAAAAAAUAUCGAAAUCGUCAAAAAACUGAAAGUGGAUAUCUUUUUGGCCAGCACUGUAAUUAUUUUUCGUGGUGUCUAAUUCUUGAAUUACUGGUCAUAAAUAAAUAAAUACUUCGCAUUAACAAUGUGUAGACCUGUCCUCUCUACCAUAAAAGAAUCU